AUGGCGGAAGCGGUCAAGGCAGCGGCCGCGCGCCAAUUACCGGCUUUCAAGCUUGGACAGCGACAGGUCUAUCUGCCAACGCACAUCAUCACCAUGCUGCACAAAGAGCAUCUUCCUGCCAACGAAGCCUGCUUCCAGGUGCCCAUCACAUUCACGAAAUUCGAUCUGCGCGACUACCUAUGGAACCUGUACAACGUCGAGGUCAAGACGGUGCGGUCGUACGUCAAGGGGCGGCCGCUGGCCGAGCGCCCGAACCGGCCGGGCUCCACGUACCGGCCGCAGGCGCUCAAGAUCAUGACGGUCGAGCUGGCGCAGCCGUUCCAGUGGCCCGCGCUGCCCGCGGACCGGGCGCCGUGGAACCACGAGCUGUUCGAGAUGCGCGAGGCAUCGUUUGCGGCGCGCCGCGACGACCAGUACAACGCCGCCAACCGCAUCAUCCCGAUGGCGAGCCGCCAGCCCCGGACUGAGGAGCGCAAGAAGCUGGCCGGCCUGGCCAAGGACCUGCUCUCCGGCCGGAAGAAGUGGUCCAACCAGGUGCAGCUCGACUCCAAGUGGGACGCCAUCGUCCAGGAGGCGACGGCUGGCGCCAAGCCGGGCAGCGCGAAGAAAGAGUCGGCCGCGGAGAGGAUUGCCCUGGAAAAGGACGCCAAGGACGCAGCGACAAGAACAAAUCCCAAACCUGAGCAAUAA